AUGAGCAACACCAAAUCAGGGAUCAGACCCCCCCAGCGGCCAGUGAAUGGCACUCUAGGUCGGCGAAUCAGUCUUCACACAAACUACUUCGAGCUGACCUUCCAACCCGACCUCCGCCUCUACCGAUACGAAGUGCGAGUCACGCAUGCGAGCGAAGACACGCCCACACUCGUGGGCCGACAAACAACCACCAAUGUCAUUCUCCAUCUCCUGAGAACGGCCCUCAUCAGAAGCCAAGACAGCAUUGCCUCCGACGGCCACCGAAACCUCAUCUCACGACAAAAACUACCUCCCCAGAAAGAUCCCUACAUCGUGGACUACCAGAAUGACCGAUACCACGUCACGCUGUCGCCAACCGGAACCCUGCAAUUUUCCCAGGUAUACGAUCUAGUCAAAGAUGGCACGGAGGAGCACCAAGUCUCCUCCCCACCGCCACUGACGGAGGCACAUGUCCACGCCUUGAAUAUCAUCCUGGGCCACCACCCCAAGUUCUCUCCCCACAUCCGGUUCACCGGUUCCGGGACCUACCUCAAUCUGGAUUCGCGGGUGAGCCUCGGGUCUGGCUUGCAUGUGCUGCGCGGGCUUUUUAUUGCCGCCCGUGAGGCCCAAGGGCGAAUGUUUGUCAAUGCUGCCCCCAAGGUCGCCGUCUGUUACGAUGACUGUCCUCUCGACAGAGUCAUCUUGGCGUGUCUGCGUCAGAAUGGACCUGAUAUGGGCAAAGUCGCGGCCUUGGUGCAGAACCUCCGCGUGCAGUUGACGCAUCUGGGCAUGCGAAAGCGUUCGGGGGCGUUUGUGCCGAGGGUCAAAGUCGUUGUAGGGCUGGCGGUCCCGGGGGAUGGUGACGGGCUCGCAUACCCACCUACGGUGCCCUGUCUCGGGGCAGGGGCCAAGGAAGUCGGGUUUUUCCGCGAGUCGCGGUCCAAGGAUACGGGGGGUGAAGGUUGGAUCGUGUUGGGGAGUCGGAAGAGGAAGAGACCCCUGGUGGAGGGGUAUAUCACUGUUUUGGAGUACUUCCGCUCUGUCUAUGGUAUCACCAUCAACGACCCUUGGCUUCCAGUCGUCAAUAUAGGAACUACUUCCAAUCCCUCGUACUUACCUGCUCAGGUCUGCCGAGUGCUCCCCGGGCAGUCCGCCCCCGGAUCCAUAUCUGCCACGCAGUCUCAACAGAUCGCCCGCUUCGACAACCCCCGUCGUGGGUCAAAAGACCCAUCGUCUUCUGGGGUCAGAUCAAUAGAGACAGAGGUGUCAUCCAUCUUAAGCCCAACUCGCCAAAAUGGAGGUGCGACGCUGACCUCAUUCGGCGCCACCCUCGUUCCAGGGAUGAUAAAAGUCACCGGACGCGUCUUAGAUCCCCCAUCGAUACAAUAUCGCCAAGGGCAGCAAGCCUCCAUCCGAGCUGGAGAGUGGAACUUGCGCGAGAUGAGAUUUGCCGAAAGCACGCGAGUGUCCCAGUGGACAUACUUAUGGCUUUCGACAAGUCGUCAUCCGCACCACUCCAACUCUGAAGCCAUGCUCCUGGAACUGGCCAUGCAGCGAUUCCGCACGCGAAUGAAGGUGGUAGGGAUCACCAUCCCCGAGCCUCUUCAGCCGGGCUUCCACGCAUGCAUAACAGAUGCCUCUUUACGCCGGGACAACGAUGCCGACCAGCUCGCCUCCACUCUUGACACCAUAUCCAAAUUAUCCGUGUCCUUUCUGCUCAUCAUCCUCCCAGAGCAUAGCGAGCGGCUCUACAGCCGGAUCAAGUUCCUCUGCGAGAUGGAGCGAGGCAUCCGCAACGUGUGCGUGAUCGCAGCGAAGUUCCUGCGCGCCAACGACAGAUUCCUAUCCAACGUUGCCCUGAAACUCAACCUGAAGCUCGGGGGAAUCAACCAAACACUCCCAGGCCGCAGCCUCGGCAUCAUCGACGAGGGCAAGACCAUGGUCGUGGGAGUGGACGUCACGCAUCCCACGUCAGGGAAUCUCCCCGCACAGGCCCCCAGCGUGGCUGCCAUGGUCGCCUCCGUGGAUCGCUUCCUGGCUCAAUGGCCCGCAGACAUGUGCACGCAGCCCGCGCGUCAGGAGCUGGUCACCCAGAUCGACACCCUGCUCACAUCCAGAUUACGUCUGUGGCAGAGUCGGAAUCAUGGGAAUCUCCCCGAGAACUUGCUGAUCUACCGCGACGGCGUCUCGGAUACCCAGUACAGCAGUGUGCUGCGCGUAGAACUUCCUCGUUUACGCAAAGCGUGUGCAGAUCUAUACCAAGUCACCGGUCAACCAGAGCCCCGCAUCUCCAUCAUCGUGGUGGGGAAACGACACCACACGCGUUUCUUCACGCCCGCGAGCCCAGCAGACCAGGAUCAUCAUCAUCAUCAUCAUCAUCAUCAUCAUCAUCAUCAUCACCAUGGUCGGCGACCUACCUCAGCCCCUAACACCAACGCCAACCCCCCAAGCGGCACAGUCGUGGACCAAGGACCCGUUCACAGCAGCGACAUCUGGGACUUUUACCUGCAGUCGCACACAGCCAGUCGGGGAAUCGCUCGUCCGGGCCACUACAUCGUGCUCCUCGACGAGAUCUUCCCGUCUCUGCCUCCUCGUGGCGGAACGCAGCUACCGAGGGCGAGGGCUCGCUCUAGCUACAACUCCAACUCUAACUCUAACCCGGCAGACGCCAUUCAGACCCUCACUAACAACAUAUGCUACGUUUCGGGUCGAGCCACGAGAGCCGCGAGUAUCUGUCCGCCGGUUUUCUAUGCUGAUCUGGCGUGCUUCCGGGCGAGGUUCUAUGUGGAUGAGAUGCUUCGGCGAUUGAUCCUGGCCCGGGGAGAUGGAUCGAUUGGUUCUUUGAAGUUGGGGCUACAUGAUAAUGUGCGGGAUACGAUGUUUUAUAUUUAGUGGUUGGGUAGCUGGUAUUGUGUGUGUGUGUGUGUGUGUGUGUGAUGUGGACAGCAGGGGGUUAAUUAAAGGGGGUAUACUGUCCGUUUAAUCUGAAGUGUGAAGAACG